AUGCUGGCGGGAAGCUACCCUGUCUGUGUGCGAGUGGUGCCGUCUUCGGCCGAGCAGGUCUUCGAGUAUGAGCCUUGCCAGCAUCGAUUCACCUACAUCAGGCAGCCCCAUGUGGACAGCGUCACUCCGCUUUCGGGGCCAACAACGGGUGGCACCAACGUCACGGUGCACGGGCGCUACUUUCCCCAAGCUCGGCUGGGCGGUCUCCUGUGCCGCUUUGGAACCCGGGAAGUUGGAGCCAUCGCGCCUGGGCGAUGGCUCAGCAGCCGGGAGAUCACGUGUGUGACACCGCAGUCCUUCGGGAAGAGCAUGGGAAUGAGGACCGUCCCGGUCACCAUCUCCAUCAACGGCGGCGCAGACUGGACGCCGACCACGGCGUACUUCAGCUUUGUGAGAGAGCUCAGAGGCGCCAUCUACCCGGAGUUUGGGCCGCGGCGCGGGGGGACGCUGCUGGAUGUGCAUGUUGUUCGUGGCGAUGAGGCUGCCGAAGUGGAGCUUCUGAACGUGUCGCAGGUCAAGAGCUGCUGUUUCGGUUCUCCACCAGCAACAGUCGUGCCAGCCACGAAGGUCACGGACCAGCUGUACCAGUGCAAGACUCCUCCUUGGCCCCAGAGCCCAGUGACCAUCGACGUGGGGGUCGCCCAGGCCGACGGUCGUUGCCAGGGCCCUCCGCACGCACGCUUCGAGUACUCAGAGCAGUGGAAGAUUACCCGGGUCUACCCCGCUGAGUUUGAUGAGAAGCAGCAAGCAGAAGGCUUCAAGCUGUUCGUGUCGGGCGAGAACUUCCGACCUUCGCGGACAGCUAUGUGCCGGCUCGGAGGCCCAGGAGGCAUCAUGGCGCAGGCGGAGGUCAUCCUCAACAACUUCACCCUCUUGUGCGCCGUGCCCUCCACGGGCUUCCAUCUCGCUGGGUCUCCUUCCGGAAUCUCCUACGAAGUCGAGAUUGCCAUGAACGGACGGGACUUCGUUCCGGGAGUGCCACCAGUCAUGGUGCGGUUCGUGACCGCUACGUCGGUUGUGACGGUAGACCCGGAGAACGUUUCAGCGGUGGGACACCUGCCGCUGACAGUGACAGGUGCCAGCUUAGCAGCGGAUGCUCGCUACUGCAUCUUCGGCGAAGGGGAAAGAGCUGUGGAGGUCCCGGUCUCGGUGCUUGCCAGCGACCGCGAAGUUGUAUGCACGACCCCACACUGGGAGAUUCGGCCACAUGGCGCAGUCUCGGAGCGCGUGCUGGUUCGGCUUUCCACUGACGGCGUCGGCACAGCACGGGCGUCCUCAGCGUACGUGAAUUUCGUCGCCUAUCCGGAGCCGCUGACCGUGGAUCCGAUCGAGGGUCCUGUUGAAGGUGGGACUAUGGUCCGAGUCCACGGCCAUCAUUUCCGGCCUCAUGGGCAGGAGCUGUUCAUCCGCUGCAUCUUCGGAACUCGCAGGAGCCAGGCUUUGAUCCUUUCGGAUUCGGAGCUCCAGUGCACCUCUCCCCCUGUGGAUGGUGCCUACCUUCCCACGGGCUACCUGGCCUCCUUCGACCUCGAGAUGGUGCCGGCGUCAGUGAUGGUCAAGGGAACCACGCCAGCGGCCGGGCAGUUCCCCAAGAAGCAGCUGACGUUCUACUAUCGGCGCUUCGUUCCGUCGAUCUCCUGGGUAGAGCCCCUGAGUGGCCCUGAAUUCGGCAGCACCCUCGUGUCCCUGAGAUCUGAUGCGCCUAUCCUGAACUCGAAGAAUCUCAAGUGCGUCUUCGGCAACAUCCAAGUGCCGCUCUUCCUUGUGACGCAGAACGAGGCAACCUGCACGUCUCCAGCGCUUCACAAGCCUGGAGUGGUGGAGCUGACGCUGACCGCGGAUGGCCAGAAUCGAAAGCAGAUCGGCGCCAAUGGGGAUCCGGUUCGCUUCAAGUACUACGUCACCCCCACGGUGGCCAAGGUGACACCCUCCUUCGGCUCCUCACGCGGUGGAACGAUUGUUCAACUAGAGGGGGCGCACUUCAUCAACGACGUGCGCUUGACCUGCAAGUUUGGCGAGCUCACGGUUCCGGCAUUUCGGUUCAUCUCAAGCGCGCUGGUGCUUUGCAGGACACCAAUUGUUCCCCCGGGCCGAGUGCAGGUGUAUUUGUCCAAUAAUGGACAGAAUUUCACGGGGGGAAGCGAUGCCGUCUUCGAGUUUUUGGGCUUCACGUACUUCCAUUUGUAUCCGUACCUGGGGCCCAUCAGUGGAAACACAACUGUGCUCGUGGAGUCCGCGUCUGUGCCAGUGGGUGCCUCCCCUUCGAUCCGCUGCCGAUUUGGCACUCUCACAGUCCCUGGCAUCCGGGUGAACGACACGUUCCUGCAGUGUGUAUCUCCAGCCGUGGUGACUCCGGGCGAGGUGAAGUUCGAGGUGUCCUUGAACCAACAAGACUUCGUGGAGGGCUCACAGAAGUUCCUGUACUACACGAACCCGAGGAUUCUGCAAGUAGAUCCACCUCUGGGGCCGAGCCACCGGAGCCUGAGCAUUCGGCUGAUAGGCCAGGGCUUCAUCAGCACCAACUACCUGACAGUGCGCUUCGGUGGUGUGUCCAUCGAAGCAACAGGCCAGCACUUGGUCCAAACGGCGCUGGCGGCAACCGACACGGAGGCGGUUGUGGAGCUGCCGAGGAUGUCGGUUCACACGGACAUGACGCGGGUGCCGCUCUACAUUUCCAACAACGGGCAGAACUAUGCACCGGAAGGCGUUCUGCAAUGGGACCAGGAUGAAGAUGCUCAUGAUGUGCCGAAGAGCAUGGCCUACUUCACCUUCCAUGAGAGCAUCCUGCUCCGCAACGUCGACCCAGAGGUUGGAAUGACGUAUGGUGGAGGCUUCGUCUCGGUUUUCGGCUACGGCUUCCUGAAUUCCAGCGGUCUCAACUGCUCCUUUGAGUGGAUUGGCUCCCCAUCGGUGGUUUACAUCUCCUCCACGCAGAUCAUGUGCGAGGUUCCGAACAUGCUGGCCGCGCGGUCCAGCAAGGCUCUGGGCUUUGCAACGCUGCGCGUCACCUUGAACAACCGCGACUGGUCGCGGACCAGCUUGUCUUUCCGAUUCUUGGGUGAAUGCCCCAUCGCUCAUUACUGCCAGCACAAGGCAUUCAACGAGUACACAUUCCGGAUAUUGCCAUGCCCGGCUGGACACUUCUGCGAGAGUGCAGGGAUGAGCGUGCCGACCCCUUGUCCACCAGGCACCUACAUGCCGUACAGACGCCAGGUCCAGUGCCAGUUGUGUCCCAUCGGCUUCUGGUGCCCUCGCUCUCGCAUGUUCCAGCCCAUCACCUGUCGGAGAGGGUGGGUCUGCGACGAGCCAGGCCUAGUUGUCCCAUACAAGCGCUGUCCUGCCGGCUACUACUGCGAAGAGGGUGUCGCCACACGUCUCUCACGCAGCACGCUGUACCUGAACCAGCGCAAGCCCAAGCCCUGUCCGCCGGGCCUCCACUGCUUCGAGGGAGCCCAGGCGCAGAAUCCGAAGCCAAAGAACUACUCGACGCCGCAGCCUUGCUUCCAAGGCUUCUUCUGCCCUCCCGCAAGCGACUCUCCCUACGGAGCCGGGGCAUGCCCGCUGGGGAAGUACUGCCCCACACCUCGCCACACUGGAAUCGUGUGCCCCGAGCGCUACAUGUGCGGCCCGUACCCGGGAAACACGGAGCCCGCCGCAUGUCCGGCAGGCUCCUUCAACCCCUGGCUCGGACAAUGGAACUGCACAGUUUGUCUGGAAGGAGGUGUUUGUCCGAGGAGUCGCAUGCGCCUUCCCCUCCCUUGUCCCUGUGGCUACGAGUGCAGCGGUCGGGGUCGGCAGCGGGCCUCCGACCUCUGCCCCGCCGGCCUCAUGUGCGAGGAAGGGGUCGCCACGGCAAUCGAGCCGCAGCUCUGUGAGCCGAAGACCUUUGAUAUCCGAGUCGACACCAGCUUGCAGCGCGAGCGGGAGAAGAUCUGCGUCUAUGGCAUCGGACAGCAGUUCGUGGAAUACCAGAGGCUGCUCACGGUCCCCCGAGUGGCGAAUCGUUUCGGCUGGUCGCAGGACCAGUUCGUGAAUGGAACCUUGGUGGGACGCGCAGCCUGUUGCUGGUCGCCGGAAAGGCUGCAGUCCUCAUUCGACGCCAUCUCGGCCGAUUUCAAGACCGCGAAUGACACGCUCUCUGCAAGAAGUUUUGCUCGGCUUUCCAGCGAGAUCCGCAUGCGUACGGCCGCCGAGCGCGACCUGGACUUCCAAUCGCCAGGUUUUGAUGGCCUGACCCUCCUCAACAUAACGGACGACCAAUUCCGUGAGGACCUGGUCAUCCUCUUCCCCAAGGCACGGUCCUUUCUCCACCACUACAUUGAGAAGCUCUGGAACUUCAAGCGCCCAUUGCCCUGUCCUGCUGGCGCCUACUGCAAUGCGGGCACGUGCCCACGGUACCUGCUCACAGGAAUUGUGGACGUGGACUUCGAUCGGCCCAGCGAUGCCUUCCAAGAGGCAAGGAGGCUCGCAGAGGCCCACUACACGAAGAAGCUCCAGGAAGUCUUCUACAACCGUACCUGGAACAUCACCAUUCCGCCGGACGUGGAGCAAGGGGCGGAGACGGGAGGCCAUGCAAACCACUCGAACGACUCGACCUGGUCGCCCUUCAAUCGCACAGACAGGUGGGACAAGCCAUCCGAUUGCUUCGACAAGAAUGAGUCGAACGAGACGGACCUGCAAGGAUUCAAGGAAAGGAGAGCUACGCCGACACAGGACAGAGACUUCGAGCACUUCCGCAUUCUGAAUGAGUUCCAGCAGAUGCCCACUGAAACACUGGGUGCGCCGCCGCCCGCGCAGAGGUUCAACGAGCCCAUGCACCAGCAGUACGCCACAAGUAAGGCUGCCGGACUGGCGCCAGAGCUGGCGUUUCGGCAGCUGCUGGCCCACAGGAAAGAGCUUUCAGAAGAUGACUGGCUGCAGCUCUGGGCGAACUUCAGUGAGUGGGCCAACUCCACCACUUGGCAGAAUGGUGCCGCAAAUCUCUCUUCAGCCAACUGGACGGUGGCCCAGAAUGUGUCCAGUGGAAACAGCACGCGAAGACUCCAGGACUCCUUCUUGACCACCACAGAGUACCCCCUGGAAGCCAUCAACCCGCUGUCCAUGCGCGCACCACAGCAGUGCCUCGCAGGCACAUACUGUGAUGCACGUGCCGGUUCCUCUGCCGGUACUGGGCUAUGUCCCCCUGGGAAAUACUGUCCACCAGGUGCGGGUGAUCCUGCGGAGGCGCCGGAAGGAGUGUUCGUGGAUGGCUCGGGCAGUGUCCGAGGAGUGGAGUGCUUCCCUGGGCAGUUCGCCCCGUUUACGAACACGCCGACCUGCUACCCAUGUCCCGCCGGGGCAUCGUGCCCGGACUUCGGAACGACAACUCCGUUCAUCUGCCCCCCGGGCACCUUUCGUGAACCGUCCUUGGGUGAAGGCACCUCAAGCACGAUCUCCUGCGAGCCUUGCCCAGCGGGGACCUGGUCACCUUGGCGCGGGACGCCGGACUUCUCAUCCUGCGAGCCUUGUCCAGAGGGCCGCGUAUGUGUAGUUGGAACCGGAAAUGUCUCCGAAGGAAUCAUUUGUCCUGAAGGGCAUAUCUGUGGGUCGGGCACGACGCCAGAACAGCAGACAGCGAUCCGCUGCUACGACGGCUUCUUCUGCCGAAACUCCACCACGCCUGACAGCGUGUAUCGUGAUCUUUGCCCCGCCGGCUUCUACUGCGCAGAGGCAACGACCUUCAUCAACCGGUACAAGUUCCGAUGUCCGCUGGGCUUCUACUGUCCGGAGGGAACCGGUGCCCGAGCCGACCUGAAGCGGGCUCUGCUCCAGGGUGUUGUUUGCGUGGAGAAGCGGGAGUUCUACCUGACGCAGAAGGUGGCACAGUACUGCCUUCGGCAGAUUAUGCGAAACAACUUCGAGUUCGUGGCGCUCGAGCAGAUCCGACUUGCGCGGGCCAACCUCCCGCUCAUCGACAAGAAGGAGCAGACCGAGAUCCAGAGUAGCUGGAUUCAGGACUUCGAGCUCGCCUACUGCCAGGAGGAUGCCAUUUUGGCCGUGUGGCGGAAGUACAAGGGCGAUCUCUUGAAGGUCGGUGAAGAGCGGGAAGGCAUUCUGGCCAUGAUUGCGGCCAUCCAGAGUGUGGACUUCUUCAAAGCGUCGCUGUUGACGAAGCUCUUGACUUCUCCUGAGCUGUACACCAAUAAGUGCAGCGAGCACAGCCAGCUCUUGUCGGGUAGAACUUUCCCGUCGAGGAACUGCCCGCCAGAUGCAGUGAACUGCAACAACAUGACGCAGUUGGAGUGCUUGUGCACUGCACCCUCUGCAACCGCCAUGCUGGACUGCUUCGAUGGGGAUUAUCCACCGGCGGAUUGCGUGGACAACGCGGAGGAUGCGACAUGCCUGGACCUGUCAACAGAUAUGAAGAAUGGUGGCGAGAUUGACGACUUCGACCUCAUGGCUGGCAACUACCUCUACUAUGUCCAAGAAUCUCUCAAAGAGGAGAUGCAGGCUCGAUAUGCCGAAGGGGAAAGUACCAUGACGCGCUGUCCCUUUGGCACCAUGACGCCCAGCGAUGGCGAAGUUGAUCUGCGACAAUGCGAGAAGAGAAGCUCUCCCACCGUUUCAUACUUGCUGGAGAACCUCGACAUGAUAGUGCAGAGUGGACACAGCGGCUUCGCCCAAGAAGUGGGCCGCGACCUUCUGACCUGGGCAACGCAGUCCGGUCUAAAGAUGGAUGGAGAAGCUUCGCCAGACUGGAGGCUCUGUUGCUUCAUCCCCAUUACCCGAAGCACCAGCCCUGUUUCAGAGCACCUCCGCCACCCAAAUCGCAGCCGAGGUGAGGUCGGCGGGCGAUGCAGCAGUCAAUGA